AUGGGUGAUGACGAUCACGAUCAUGGGGAUUUGUACUGUGGAAACGCUUCAAAUCUGUCAGAUCAUUUUACAGGCGACGGUCAUCCACACACUCUCCACCAUCCCCAUCCGACACCAUAUGGAAUACUAUUUCUGUUUGCAUGCUGUGCCCUGGGAGCACUGGUCCGUAUUCUGUUCAAGAAGUUACCAAUACCUUACACCGUAAUACUUCUGAUUCUUGGAACGUGCCUUGGUAUUUUGUCGAAUCGUUUUGAAAAUGUUUCACUAUACACCGGAAUGGCUCAUAUGGAUCCGCAUCUUAUCAUGCAUGUUUUCCUACCUGUCCUAAUUUUUGAAUCAGCUUUCGCAAUGGAUGUACAUAUAUUCAUGAAAUCAUUCAUACAGGUGUGUAUUUUGGCAGUGCUUGGAUUAAUGGUAGCGACAGUAUUAACAUCUCUUAUAGCUAAAUUUACGUUCUCCUAUAAUUGGGGCUGGAACGUUUCCAUGAUGUUUGGCGCUAUCGUGAGCGCGACAGACCCAGUUGCUGUAGUUGCGCUUCUCAAAGACCUCGGCGCAUCGAAACAGCUUGGAACAAUUAUUGAGGGCGAGUCACUUUUGAAUGACGGUUGCUCUAUAGUUGUAUUUACAAUUUUUAAAGAAAUGGCCAUACCGGGACAAUCAAAGACAGCAACUGAAAUAAUAGUAUAUUUCAUCCGGGUUGCGUUAGGAGGACCAGCCUUCGGAUUUCUGAUGGCUAAAUUCACGACAUUCUGGCUGUCCCGUAUUUUCAAUGAUGCACUUGCAGAAAUUACUAUUACUUUGGCAUCAACUUAUCUAACUUUCUACAUUGGGGAAUCGAUUAUCAAAGUGUCAGGAGUUCUUGCCGUUGUUGUUCUUGGAUUGGUUGUAAACGCCGAAAGAACAUCAAUAAGUCCAGAAGUUGAGGUAUUUUUACAUAGAUUCUGGGAAGUACUGGCGUACGUUGCAAACACGCUCAUUUUCUUUCUGGUUGGAGUUGUCAUCACGGAAAGAGCUAUGGAAAACGUUGAUCCAAUUGAUUGGUUUUACAUGUUCACUAUUUACGUAGGAAUCAAUAUCAUCAGAGCAAUCGUGAUUGCAAUAUUCAGUCCUAUAUUAGCAAGAAUUGGCUAUGGAUUGUCUUGGCGUAACGCAGUAGUAAUGGCUUGGGGAGGAUUGCGAGGAGCAGUUGGUCUGGCUUUAGCCCUGCUGGUUGAACAGACUGAUGAAUUUUUAGAAUACGAAGAGCUAAAAAAUGUGGGAAGUAAAGUGCUUCUUCAUACAUCAGGAAUUGUGAUUUUGACUCUUCUUGUGAAUGCAACAACCAUCCAGUCCUUACUCAAGACACUUGGUAUGAGUGACAUCUCCAUUGCCCAACGAUUAGCUAUGGCCAACGCCGUAAAGAAAGUGAAGGAAACUCAAACACGAACAUUGUCUAUGCUAAAAGCCGACCGAUUUCUUGCUGAUGCUGAGUGGUCACUUGCAGAAAGAGUAUGCGACAUCAGAGAUCCAUACAGGACGGAAGAAACAGGUGAGGGCGAAACAACAGAUGAUCCGAUUUCCGUGAAUCGCAAGAGCACGUGUCCAUGCUGUAAAACACUAGUGCCCAACGAACCAUCUCAAAAGGAAUACGAUGACAUGUCUGAGGAGGCUCGUCUUAGGAUGCUUAAAGCAGAGAAGAUCAGUUAUUGGAAGCAAUUCGAACAUGGAAUGCUAUCGAAAGAGGCAACGCGAGUAUUGGUUGGUUGUACAGAGUCAGCUGCCGACGAACACGGAGAACUGAUAAAAGUUGAUGAAAUUAAAAAGAACUGGAAGAUAACGGGUAUAUAUCCAUACUUGAAGCGAAAACUUGAGGAGUGGAUCAGCGUAAAAAAGAAGGAAAGCAUACCGCCACCCGAUAACAAGAUCCAAAAAAUUUUCUUCACCAUCUCUAUGCACCAGGCAUUCGAAAUGAUCAUAUACGUUGUCAUUUUUGCAAACAUGAUACCGAUUAUUUUAGAAUUUGUUAUUUCCCAGAAACAUUUAAGAUACGACGAUUUUAAACCAUAUAUGCGAAUUUCAAACUUUAAUUUCAUGGCAAUUUACAUCGUGGAGGCGCUUAUUAAGGCAAUUGGACUGCGGAAGUACUAUUUAUUGAGUCAUUGGAAUAAAUUAGACUUGCUUAUUAUUCUCGUGUCAAUAAUUGACAUAACUGUUGAUGAGACGUUCACUGGCACUGAUAUCAAUUUGAAUACCAAUGUUCUGAAGAUUCCAAAACUGUUCCGGACAUUUAGGAGUCUACGUAUGCUGCGUUUAGUUAAGGCACUUAUUCCAAGAAUCAUAAGUUUCUUGAAUACUCGAAUUAACAAGAAAUUGAGUCUAGGCUACGAUGUUGGAAAAGGGUUUGUCAUUGGUGAGGAAGAAGUUAACAAGUUUGUAGAUCACAUGGUAGAUAACCAGAGCAUCUUAAAUGACCUCAAACGCAGAUCGGAGACAUCCCGACUCGAAGUCAUUCGUGAACUCGGUCUUUUGCAACGAGAACAUCCAGGCAUUGCAAUUUCAGUUAAAACUCGUCAAGCGAUUCGCACUGUGUUAAAUCAUUCACGUGACACGAUUUGUGAGUUACAAGGUGCCGGCCUUUUAGAUGAAACUGAUGCACAUAAGUUACAAAUGCAUGUAGAAAUCAGAAUGAAGCGUUUGUUGAAUGCUCCAGCUUCAAUUCCACCUCCACCCCCUGAGUUCUUGCUUCGAAAUGUUGCCUGGUUAGAAGGAGAUACUAAACUUAUUGAGUUCAUUAAGGCAAGAGCUGAACUACUACACUACGACUUUCAUGAAGUGAUUAUCAAACAAGGCGAGAAACCGAACGGAAUUUAUCUAAUUGUGUCUGGAAUGGUCAAGUUGUUAGGUUCAUCUGAAGACCUGGACAACGAAAAUCAGCAGACACUGUCAUCCACUCAUAGAGGGUCGCACGAGGUAUUUGAGGAUUACCUAACGGCUGGUAAUGUAAUUGGUGAAAUGGGGCUUUUGACUGGUAAGCCGAGAAACGCAACAGUUACCUGUGAAACGUCUGUUCUGGUGUAUUAUAUCAACUUAGAUGACAUGCACACCGCUAUUGAAACCUUUACAUUGGAGCCUUCUCUUGAAGGCCGUUUAUGGCGCGUAUGUGGUAUCCGGAUUGCAACACAACUUCUAUUAGAACAAACUGCAUAUCAGGGAUGGACUCAAGAAAAGGUAAAGCUUCAUCUUGAAAAGUCCCGUUUGAUUGACCUGAGAGAGUGCAACUAUAUUCUAGACAUUGAAGACAAUAUGGAUGAUGUCAUCUUAAUCCAGGGAUCUGCUAUUAAUGCCCACACACGUGAUGAACUGUUUGCUCCAUGCGUCAUUCACCGGAAUGUUCACCGAUUACAAUUUGAUCGCACUCAAGAACCGGAGGCAAAACUACUAGUGGUUCUAAAUAAUGAUAUUGUUGCAACUGAGCUGGAGGCUGUAUCAUCUUUUGCAGAUGUACACUCAUCACGUUUAUCUAUAAAGAAUGGAGCUAAUGAAUAUUGUAUGCAGCACAGUCUUCGAGAAAGAUCAAAAACAUCUGCUAUGAAGGAAGAUGAUGAUGAUGUUGUUGAGAGUACCCUAAAUACCAGUCGUUUUCGAAACAACAAGAUAGCACCACAACUGGUAAACCAAUCUCGAAAUCUUGGUCCGUUAACACGUGGGAGUAUCUCAGUUUACUCUGACAGACAACAAAAUCAAAAUGACACUGAAGAUAUCGUUUAAAGAACUAUUUGAAUUAAGAAAAAAACACCAACCAAA